GCCAUCACACCCCCUCUGCUGGGGGUCCCUUCUCAGCACUCACUCCCAGCAUUUGGCCCCAGGAGAUACUGGCAAAAUACACACAGAAAGAAGAAUCCAUCGAGCAGCCAGAGUUCCGCUACGAUGAAUUUGGUUUCCGAGUUGAUAAGGAAGAUGGUGCUGAGCCAAACUCCAGCAAGCUUCUGGGGGUCCCACUGACGGAGGAGCCGCAGCAGCGGCUCAAGUGGCAGGCUCAUCUGGAAUUUACACACAACCAUGACGUGGGCGACCUCACCUGGGACAAAAUUGAGGUCACCCUCCCACAUUCGGAGAAGCUGCGCUCCCUGGUGCUAGCCGGCAUCCCACACAGCAUGAGGCCACAGCUGUGGAUGCGCCUGUCGGGGGCCUUACAGAAGAAGAGGAAUUCAGAGAUGUCAUAUCGGGAUAUCGUGAAAAAUAGCUCUAACGAUGAAACCAUUGCUGCCAAACAGAUUGAAAAGGACUUGCUCCGUACGAUGCCCAGCAACGCCUGCUUCUCCAACAUGAACAGUAUCGGGGUGCCACGGCUACGCAGGAUACUACGGGGACUUGCCUGGCUCUACCCUGAGAUUGGAUAUUGCCAAGGCACUGGCAUGGUGGCUGCUUCUCUGCUGCUCUUCUUGGAGGAAGAAGAUGCCUUCUGGAUGAUGUGCGCUAUUAUUGAGGAACUGGUUCCUGCCUCCUACUUCAGCACCACCCUGAUGGGCGUGCAGACGGACCAGCGCGUCCUGCGACAGCUCAUCGUGCAGUACCUGCCCCGCCUGGACAAGCUGCUCCAGGAGCAUGACAUCGAGCUCUCCUUGAUCACCUUGCACUGGUUCCUCACCUCUUUUGCUAGUGUUGUCCAUAUCAAGCUGCUGCUGCGUAUCUGGGACCUCUUCUUCUACCAGGGCUCUCUGGUGCUGUUCCAGCUCACGCUGGGCAUGCUCAGUAUGAAGGAGGAUGAGCUAAUCCAGUCUGAGAACUCUGCCUCGAUCUUCAACACGCUCUCAGACAUUCCCAGUCAGAUUGAAGAUGCAGAUGUGCUGCUGCGGGAGGCCAUGCGCGUGUCUGGCUCGCUGACAGAUGUGGCGGUGGAGACCCAGCGUCGCAAACACUUGGCCUACCUCAUUGCUGACCAAGGACAGCUGCUCAACUCCAGCACGACCGUCAACAAUUUAUCCAAAGUUGUACGGCGCAGGACUCAGCGCAGGAAAUCUGGCAUCACCUCUCUGCUUUUCG